AUGAAUGAGCCCGUUUCCGCUCCGACAGAUACUCCCGAGGGGUCCCGCGUCGGCGAGGAAGGUAACAGCCAAGCAGGCUCAAAACUCCCCGCCCUCAAGGACAAGCAGUGCCAGUACUGUCAUCAACCCUUCACCUCUUCCUCCCUCGGCCGCCAUCUUGACCAGUACCUGUUCAAAAAGAAGCCAGACGGCGUGCAUGAUGUCGAGGAGAUCCGGCGUCUGCGCGGCAGCAUCACCCGGCGAACGGCGCGUAACUCAACUGCGAAGCGGGAGAUUCCCGAUACUUCCUCUCCGUCGACAUCUCCCAAGGUUUCUGGCACUGAACUCAAGUGCGAGAGUAGCCUGCGACUGAAUGGCAAGCCGGGCAAAACUGGAUUCCAGGUGCUGCUCAAUCAACCCACCUGGCACACCACGGGAGUCAUCAAUGAUAUCCCGAAUACCUCGCAGGUCUCACAACCGCGAGUGUCUACUGUGGGUACUGACUAUUCGGCACGAUCGUCAAACAAAAUUGGCCCGGAGACGACGAGAGCUUUGGAGCUGGCGCUGAGGGAAGUAUUGGACAAUGUGAGAGCCGCAGUCACGAGGACCGAAUCACGAAUGAAUCCCUUUGACUUCGAUCUUCAACGUCAGACGUUUCCGGCCCUUUGUCUCCAUGUACUGCCCCCUCCUCCCAGCCUCUUUUCGACCCACCCAUUUUCAACUCCAACGUCCUUUCCACUCGAGCCUCCAGGCAUGGAUAAGCAGGACAUCAUAAAACAGACGAUGCUGGUCCAGAUACAGCAGUGGAAAUCUAAUCAGUUGGCAGGGGUUAUUUCACGCCAGGGAGCCGGAUGCUCGAACGAAGGAAGCCCACGAAAUUGGGACACUGAAAUGAUCGAGAGAUCCGCCCAACAACAUGAAGAAAUGGCCAUCAGACACCUCGAGCUUUCGUUCAAUCAUUGGAUAUCUUUGCCGCUGGGUGCUCGAAAUGAUAUUUGGCGAAUGGAGAUUACCCGUGCAUAUGCGCGAGAAAAGGAGAGGCGCAAGGAAAUCGGAAACCAGCUGGCCCGGACGCAACAGGAGGUGAAUCGCCUACAGGCGCAGAUUGACAGGCUGGAAAACUGCCAGUGGCCCCGAGAAUUCGCCAUUUUUCCUCCAGAGAUGUUACCCAUUCCACGGUCGGUGUCAAGAGAGUUAGCCGAGAAGAGCAAAGUGAAUAGCAUUGAUUCUUCACGAUGGGACUAUGACAAUUUAGUCGCGAAGUGGAAACGGGUAGUUAUGCAUGAUAAGAGCAUGGGCAGGGCUGGCUCAGGGGCAGCCUCAAACGUAUUUCCGGAUUUGAGUAACUCUCCUCGCAGCAGUAGCGCCAACAACAACAUCGGUCACCAUAACAGAGGAUCAAACGGCGAAACCAGCCACUACUCCAAACACCACUAUGGUACAAGAGCUCUCUCCCCGCAACGAAAUAUACCAACCGCUUGCGAAGCUUCCACCAGCCAACGCUUUGCUCCAACCAGCACACAGCAUAUUCCCUAUCAAACGCGCGACCCAAACAGGACUGACGAGCCAUUCCGACCGCCCAAACGACUACGCACAAGUCACAACAAUAGCUCGCAGCACCCCACACAACAAAUAGAUGAAAGGGCAGACACUGGUAACUGCACCAUGAUCCCACCACUACCACAACCAUUCUCGACGGAAUUUAUCUCUCAACAGACCCACCCGCCCUCCUCUACAUAUCCAACAACCCCUUCAACAGAAACAGACACUACAUCUCCAGCCCUAAAGUCGAAAUACAGCCCCAUUGGACCGAUCAAGGAGAAACCCUAUCAUCCUUCUCUUCGUCAAAGUAGCAAAAUUGAGUCCAUCGACGCCGCUACUACGAAACCAAUAUCCCGAAUAGGUGGUAGCCCAGAAGAACAGAAACAAUUACGUAUUAAUCAUCACAGCAACAAUACAAACCAUUCUAACGAGACACCGGGCAACAAUAAUUUGAAUAAUGAUGCAACGAAUACUCGCAACGGCCAUAGUAAUGGGCUGGAGUUGUUCAUGGUGGCCCGUCCACAGCAAAAUCGGUAG